AUCCUCUUGGCCGCUGUCGCCGUCUAUCUCCUCGUGCAGAAGAUAUCCCGGAGCCUGGCAGCCAGGCCCAGCAGCCAGCCGGCAGCAGCUGACGCAGCUGUGGAACCUGAUGUGGUGGUAAGAAGGCAGGAAGCUUUGGCAGCAGCUCGCCUCAGGAUGCAAGAGGAGUUGAAUGCACAAGCAGAAAGAUACAAAGAAAAACAAAAACAGCUCGAAGAGGAGAAGCGAAGACAGAAGAUAGCAAUGUGGGAAAGUAUGCAAGAAGGGAAAAGCUAUAAAGGAAACCUGAAACUGAAUCAGGAAGUAGAGUCUGGUGCCUCCACCUCAUCAGCAGUCCCGAAAUCUAAACCAAACAAAAAGCCUUUGCGAGGAGGUGGCUAUAACCCCCUGUCUGGAGAAGGAGGCGGAACGUGUUCCUGGAGACCAGGCCGGAGAGGCCCGUCAGCAGGUGGAUGA